AGAUGGGGGAGGAGAACACGUAGCACUUCCCUGUGACCAGCCCACUCAAGCCAGUUACUGUCUCAGCAGCGAGGGGCUCUGUGUUUGUCAGUGCGGGCUAGUGUAGUGUUUCUACUCUUCACACACACUCUGCAAGAAACAGAGGCGGCUUAUGGAAAUUUAGCAGGGGAGCGGCAGCAGCUGAGCAGGAGGAGGAGGAACUUAGCUGAGUCAGUGCAGGAGAGGAGAGGGGACGUCAGCAGCAUGUGUUGCAGCAUGUUUCAGUGCCACUGUCUACCUCCCAUCAAAACACACAGUCCUGCAGAGGCUGCCCACACUGUGAGCAUGACACAGGGAUAGCAGAGGAGCUGCACUGUAGAGUCACCUUCAGCACAGCGAGGCGCAUUGCUGGACUGAAGCAGAGAGUCUGAGUGGACGGGACAACCAUGCUCUGCUGACCGAAGCCUCCACCUACCAACCAGUGCUCCUAGAGGUCCCAGUCAUCACUGGAGUGGAGGAGGGCAGCGGAUCUGCAGACCAGGAGGACCAGGAGGAGCUUGAGUUUCCUCAUGAUCUGCUGCCCAGUUUGGAUUUCAGCAGCGAGUUGAACAUCUGGGAGUCUUCACUGGGAGCUCAUUCUAGCUCCGAUGGGAGAAAAUGUGAGCAGGUGAACCCCCUGCUGGUGGGCCUGCAGCAUCACAUGAAUGUCGGUGGACCACUGCAAGUUUUAGACAGAAGGCCAGAUGGCACCCAGCCAGCAAUCCCAGAUGUCCAUUCUUCACCUCAGCCGGGACCCCUGACACCUUCCCCAACCAACUUCUUGGACCAGGAACUCCAAAUGGCCUUCCAAGAAUGCGAAGAACAAAUGGCGUCGCUGGUCAUGCUGUCGUCUAAGGAGUCUGGAAUGACUCAGGAUGUAGUAGGGAAGGCAACCAAUGAGGGGAUGGUUAAUGAGUCCAGCAAAUCGUUCUCACCACUUCCAGUUGCAGUGCAGCCAGAACAUAGCAACGGGGCCCUUGGAAACGAGAGUACACAUGGAAACAGUGAGGCAGCACACAGUCAAAUGGAUACAGUUGUGUUUAGUUUUAGGGAUUACAUUCUAGGAAAGGAGAAUAAUUCUAGGAAAACAGAGAUGGAAAAUAAAGUAGAAGCAAAUCAGAGCAUGGAGAAAUGUUCAGAGCUUAAGUCAAAAAUGGAGAUGAAUGAACAAGAGGAGAAAUCAGAUACAAAUAAGGAAUCUCCAAAAGAACAGAGAGACUUAAAGACUUUAAAUGAACAAGUUGGAGUGAGUGUCACUACUGAGAUAAACAGCUCAAAUAAUUUUGAUACAGAGAUUAAAGAAGAAAGCCCAAGAGGAAUACCAGAGGCUACAGAUGAGUCAAAUGGUUUAGAUGUAACAGCAUCAGGAUCAAAAAAAAAAACAGACAAGCAAAGGGAGGAUAAUCAGUUAAGAUCAAAAUCUGAGAAACAAGUUGGACCGAACAAAGAAGCAAAGAAAAAGAAACACAAGACAAAGAAGAAGAUAGAAAAGAGUGCCCAGAGUGACCAGGAAGCAAAGACAGAGCUUUGGCAGUCCGAAACUGAAAAACAGGCUCUGUCACUAUCAUAUGUUGGUACUCACACAGAUUUAGCAGAAAAUGCUACGUCUGUGUUGAAGCUAGACUCUGAGCUUCUGACUUGUGGGGAAGAGACUGAUUACAAGCAACAGCUGAGUCCCAUGAGAAUGCAAAAGUCUUCCCCUCAAAGCAGUCUGGAUCAUCUUACUGCCUCAGCCUGUUCACCUGACUCCAUGCAGUCCUUUUCACAGGGGACCCAUCAGUCAGAGAAUGACAACAAUAUGAAUAUGAGUAAUGAUCAGAGCUCAGAGUGUGAGCAACAUGUAACUGAAGGAGAAAAUGGCAUCCACAGUACACCAGCAACAAAUCUCCAAACUGCAGCUACCAGACAAGGUGAUUCUAGUGAAAAGGGAUGGAAUGCACAGAGACAGGAGGCUAUAGUUACUUCAGAAACAAAAAUACCCACAGCAGAGGAUCAGAGCGUACUCUCCAACAGCAGAACUUGUGUGGGAGACGGUUGUGUGGAGAGCGGCCUUGGAAAUGCUGUAAUAGUGGUUAAUACGUUGCCACUGACAACACCCACACUGUCAGAAGUGAUAGAAAACGAGGGAGAGGGAGAAAGUGUGAGCCAUGAUCUACAGGAUACGGUGGCUACUGUAGCAGUUGCAGAGAGUGAAGAAGGAGCAGGAGAAGGCAAACUGGAUGGAACAGCAGAGUAUCCUGCCUCUGCGGAUAUAAAAAGAGACAAACUCCAGGAGAGCCCCCACCUCGUCUCAUUAAUCUGCUCACAAGGAAAUUGCACGCUUCCAUUCUCGGCCAAAGAGGGGGAGACUGAAUGUGAGGAAAGCUGCAGCAGCAAAAUGCCACACAACUUGGCUGAGGCUGAAAUUAAGGAACCGAGAGAGGCGUGCAUUCACAGCACAGACACAGCGAUCUCACCAGCUGAGGAGAUGGACGCUGAAAAGGAGCUGCUAUUCUCCACAGGCUGUACGAAUACCUUUGGUCUUGAUUUCCAGGAUCACAGUGGUGCACAUUUAGAAAGAUCGGAAGAGGGAGGGGAAGGAAGAGGAGGGGAGGUAGGAGAAAAAGGAGGGCUUGCUGGAGAGAACAAUUUACCGAGCCAGCUGAAAGGCUCUGCUGGAGGGGUGUCAUCAGUCAAGACGGGAGCGAGUCCGCCCAGUGAUGUUGCCGAGUCACAGUUGAAGUCACCGUGCUGGGGUGAGCCGAUCGCUACCAUUCCAGAGGGCUCUGAAGAGGAGCGUUUCUAUCACAAGCAGCAUGACGUGACAGUUUUACCUCUUCCCUCUUACUCUGAGCAGCAGCAGAGCUCCAGCAAUACAGACGCUGAGAUAAAGACUGAACCAAUACAAGAACUGGUUUCAGAGGAAGCACUGUCUUUGGAACAACCUUGUCAGAUAUCAAUCAUCGCGGAAAGGAACUGCAACCGCAUCUUCCAGUCUUUUACCUCACCUCAGCCUUUGAAUACAUCACAGCGAAGUGAGCAAAAAGCAAGAUCGGAUCAACAGGUUGGACCUCGUAGCAUUGAAGAAAAAACACCUGAAAGUACAGCCAAUACCCAGAGUGAGAGUGGUAGUCCCAACAUGACUGAAAGAGGAGUCCUUCUGUGCACCAGCAGUGGAGGUAACAGAGUUCACUUUGCUGAUGAUGUUAAUUUUAAGCUCAGCUCCUCUGAGACUCUUACAAACAUGCCAGUUCUAGGUUUGGACUGUGCUUCUUUGCCUCCAUUGACUGUUCAUGAGACGUUGCACCAUCCUGUGACAGAGGCCAGUUAUACCUUCCCCAAUCACCUCAGCUUUGAUAUGCCAGAAAACUCCACAAGUACAGGUUUGAUGAAGGAUGAAGAAGAAAUGCAUGGUUCAAAUGAGGUUCAAGAAAAACGAAUGGCCAUUUUGGGUGAAGGCGACACUAACAAAAUUGCCUUAGAUCAUGAUCACCAUGAAAAAAAUGCUAUACACUUACAGGAAAUGACCGAAGCCGAGGGAUGCUCAAAACAACUUUUCUCUCCCACUGAGGGAAAACAGAUGGGUAAGGAAGAACAUGACAUUGACAGUGAGACUCGAAAUUCAGGUGAGACUAAACGCCUGCAGGAAGUUUUAUCUUCAAAACAUGAUGCUCCUGUGACCCUUGAAGAAAAAGAAGUGAACCAGCAUAAUGCAUCUGAAGCUGACCCCUCAACAUGCUCUGGAUCAAAACCUCUAGAGCCCACCUCUCAGCCUUCCUGUUUAGAUGAAACCCCUCAAACUGGACCAGUCAUUACUGAUGUCAUGGGGUCUACUGAGGUACUCAUGGGUGGUUUUACUGGUUUGACAAAGGAAGAGACUGGCUCUGUCAGCAACUCACCCAUUACAUUACAGCCUCCUGGACCAAUGAUGAGUCACCUGGAGUUUAUUACCGACUGCGAUGUCUCUUUUCCAGAGAACAUAGGUACCCGCAGUACUGAUGAGGACUGCACCAGCAUCUCCAGAGAGGUGGCAUGCAAUCAGGGUGGUGAAAUGAGCCAGAUGCCUUUAGUAGAGAAUCUGAAUCACAGUAGUGCCACUUUGAGAACAGAUGAAACCUGUCAGGAGCUGAAGGAUAGAGAUUGUGCUGAGCACUCUGAUGAUGAACUCCUGAUAUCUUGCACCAAGAAUUUGAAUAAUCCUUGUUCACAAGUGGAAAAUUUGACUGUUGCAGCCCAGACUUCAGCUGCAGAUGAUGUACUGUCAAAGGAAAAAUCUGGUAAUAUAAUGCCAACAUGUCUCGAUAAGCCAGAUUCUACUACUAUUGAAACAUCUAACAGAGAUCACCUAGCAUGUGUCAACUACCCUACUAAUGAGACAUAUGUUAACACUGAAAAUGAUAGUAUGGGGGAAAAAAAGAAACUAAAAGAAGACAUAGCCAUGGAUAAUCAAGAGGAAGCAGCAGAUAACAAAAUGCAGCAGACAGGAAAGACAGACCCAACAUUGCAGCAGCAGUAUAAUGGACCAGAUAAAGAGGCUGUUUUUAUGGGAGCAGCAGUUCUGCAGCCACAAUGUAAACACAAUAUGGAGACUGAAUCACCGCCAACAGAAAUACCAAACAAAGAAAAAAGCAAUAAGAGCUUUCCAUCUAAAUGUGGAAGUAAAACUUCCUCAACUUCCAGCAGAACAUCUGAAAGAUUUUUACCUCCUGAGUUGGAGUCCAACACUGAAACUCAGAUUGUUUAUGACCAGAGUUUGGGCCAAAUUGUGACAGCAGUGCUGGAAUGUAGCUCUGACACUGACACUGCACCAGAUCUGAGCCCAGCUUUUGGCCAAUCGCAGGACUUGCAAGAUCUAAACAGUUUUGCUCAAGAACCAAAGCAAAGGGAGCAGUGUCUGGGAUCCACACAUUCCACAGAGGAGAUGUCAGGUGGAACUGCUGACAGCAAAGAAAAGAUUUGCAAUUGGACUCAACCUGCAGGUCCAGAGGAGAGAGACUGCUCUGAUCAGAGUUUGUUUGAAUCAGUCAACAAGGAUGAGUUGUUUAGAUUUGCAGUGAAAGAAGAGGUGCCAUCUGGCUUUUCUGUGGAUUUAAAUGGAAGUGAAAAUGGUGCAGAUGGAAAAGCAUCAGUUGACUCAGGGUUAGUAACUGUUUGCUCUCAAGUAUUUAAGAUUGGACAGAGAUUAGAUGUGAAUAAAGACCCUGGGUUAGAGCUAGAUGAGUCAAACAGAAACAUAAUGCCAGAACAAACAACUAACAUGGACCAGCACAGAACAUGUGAAAUGUUAAAAAACAGUGCUGCAUCUAUUGAGUUUGCUUCGACUUCAGCUAGCCAACACUCAGUUUCAUCAAAAGUCAGCACAGACAGUCAAGACACUCAUAUUUCAAGUUCAAACCAAGCUAAUGAAGUUUAUCCGAAGGGGUUUAGCACACAGCAAAAUGUUGGGGAAGCAGAAACUAGGAAAGAGGACUUUAGUGCUGCCUCAGCUAAAGAAAGCCAAUGGGGUGACAUUAAGGAUGCAGAGCUGCAAAGCUGCAAUAAAACCUCUGACACAGACAGCAGCCAAGUAGUACAAGCAGCCAUAAAAAGCUCUAAUGAUGAGGAAAUCCCAAAAGAAGACAAGGCAGGUUUGGUAGAGAAUAGGGAACAGAAGGGGGUGCAAGUAGCUGAUAGUGAUGAAAAUGCAGGAAAGCAAGUGAUUUUAAAUUUAAAUGAUAAAGAAAGUGGAACAGAAUCAGAGUCCAGUCUCUUUAACAAUGACGUGCCACAGAGCAGCAUAGAAACCCCUGCUUGUCCCUCAGAAGGGGGUGUUAGCUGUGCUAAGGAAACUGAAAUAGACGGUAGUGUGAUAGAUAAAAGAAGUACUGAUGCCAUCAUCAUCCCAUCUGUUGUUACUUCGACCACCAUCCCGUCUCCUUAUGAGUCAGAGAAAUGCCAUGAUCAAGUGGCAUUUUCAGAACCCCAUGAUAGUGCUGAGGUAAAGCCCCCUGCCACUGCUUCUCGGCGUGAUGCAAAGCCUCUUGAAAAGACUCCCGUCUGCUCCUCUCUUGUUGAGCAAAACGUUUUAGAGAGUCCUGAUCCAGAGCAAGGAUCCCAGGAACCAGAAACAAACUGGAUUCAAGCCUUAAAAGACGCUGCAUCCCUCUCUCAGAGCGAACAAGUGAAUACACAAGAUGCCUUGAGACCACUCCCAUCUCUGGAGUCUCCUCAGGUUGAGUUUGUAACUCCCACUGAGGAGAUUCCUUCUGCACUGAUAUCAGACAAGGUGGUCCUUCCACCAGAGGAAGCAGAGGAAAAUGCAGCUCAAAGCUCAUGUCCGAGUGCUGUGAAGAGGCCAGAUGAUCUUCCUAAACCUUUAGUGAAGGUGGAUCUUCCUGAACCAAUAAAAUAUUUGGCAGAUCUGACCUCGAAGGUUGAGCUCCCAGGAGAAUCAUCCAAAAUAAAACCUUUGGAACAAGAAUCAUCUCAAAAGUUGUUUGACAGGAAGUCUGUUUUAGAAGCAACAGAGCACACUAAAGUCCUAAAACCUGCUCAAGAGACAGAAGAGAUUCUAACCAGAAAUGAGGUAGAAGUCAGAGAAACACCAAAUUUAGAAGAUUUACAACCAAACGAGCCAAGAACGGAGACUCUACAACAACAGCAGCAGCAGCUUUUAGAAGAGCCAGAAGAAAAACCCAUCAAGGUCCCACCUGUGGAGCCAUUCAGAGUCCCUGUUGAGAAAACUGAGGUGCCAGAAACAGUCGAGCAUCCCUCCACAGAGCUACAGAACAGUGGCCUCCCCCUUGCUGAGCAGACAGAGAGCGGCCAACCUGUCCCCACUUCUCCCACUCCUGCCCCCAACGAUCACAGCACUGCUCACCUGCCUGCCAUCCCCCCUCACCUCCACAAAACCUCAGCACUCGCCCCUCUCACAUCUUUGGAGACACUUCCACCAACCCCACCUGCAUCCCCCUGCCUUCCUCCUGCUGCCCCUGUAGAAUCCUAUACACUUCCUGCUGAACCCUGUGAGGACCUUUACCCUGUGUCUGCACCCUGCCGGGUUCUGUUAAGGAGCUCAGACUCUGAUGGUGCUUUUGAAACUCCUGAAUCUACAACUCCAGUGAAAGCUGUUUCUCCUGCUGAACCCCAAAGAGAGCUGCUGGAAUCUGAUGACAAAGGUGUUAACGGCUCUGAAGGUGAUCUUAGUUUGGACAUCACUGCAACCGAUGCACCUUGUCGGUCCCCAUCCAUUGCUUUUGAUGAGAACAAACCCAUUGCUGCAAGCGGGACGUAUAACUUCGACUUUGUCGCUGUAGAGCCAACGAGUCACACUCUGACUCGCUCUCUGAGCCUCCAAGGGGGGGAGCUCGAUAGCUCCAGUCUGCUGGAAGGAUCAGCCUCUGGAGCUUUCCGUCAGCACUCCGAGUCCUUCAGCAUUGGCACCGAGAACACCCCGGGGAAGCUCCGGAGACCUAAGAAAGUCAGCCCGGGAUCUGUGAAGAAGAAGCCCUUCCUCAGACAAAACUCCAACCCUGACAGCUCAAAGCCAGCCUCCUCUAGCAGCACCCCUGAAAUCACAAAGCGAGCGAAGCCUCGGACGGCUAGCCCUCUCCUGACUCAGGAGGAUUUGGAGGUUGGCUCUGCAACUCCUAGUCCCGGAGGCACUCUCAGAAAAACCAGGAAGAGCCGUGUUGAGACUCCGCCUCCUCUCCUAGAGGAAACCAAUCAAACCUGCCAAGAGGAGAGCAAAGGGGUCCCUGCCUUACCCUUGUGCCAGGAGGAAGCCCCUCUUGCAGAGAACGUAGAAGACAAAGACAACUCUCCAAUCCCACCCAGUGCCUCAUACAAAUGGGAUCCAGAAAACUUUGAGAACAUUAACCCCUUCAGCACUGGAGGUAGCAAAAUUACCAAUUCUCCUGUUUUGGGUCAUAAGGGUCCUGUGUAUGGCCCUGCAUCUAGUCCUCCUCUGAGUCUCCCUGUCCCUGCCGCAGAACCACAUCACCACACUGUCACCGCCCCUCUGGAAGAGCUUUCCACCAAUCCCGAGGAGCAACCCAUUCUACCCAAGCGUCAGCCAGUAAGGCUGGAGUUUGACUACUCUGAGGAAAGCUGUGAGGUGCCACAGCAGGCCUCUCCUCCAUCUAAGAAAUUGGGCAAGAAGCCUCCUGGUAAGAUGCUGUCCAGAAAACCAAAGCUGGGGCUGAAAAAAGUGGCUCCACAACAGGUGGAGCAGCUGGACAACAACCCCCCUGCAGCCUACAACGGAUCGGAUGAAAUCCCCAUUCCUAAAGUGUCGUACCACAUUGAACCUGACAAGUGGGAUGACCCAAACUUCAAUCCAUUUUCUUCAAAGAAAAGUAUGUCCAACUCCCCCACCUUAUCCAGGCCAUCAUACAGCUUUGACCCAAACAACAUUGUUGAGUCUACAAACCCUUUUAAAUCCUCCAACAAAAUGGCCGCCUCGCCUCCCAGGGUGCCUGUCUCUUUCGAAACGUCGUCCAAUGACUAUGAUAACGAAAAUGACAAUGACAACAUCGGGGAACUGGAGGACCAGAACCAAAACAAACCGGCUAAGAAGAAGAAAACUCCCUUAAAAUCGAAGUCCAGGGGUGUGUCCUCUCUUUGUUGUCUGUUUAAUACUUUCAGAGUCAAGAGGUCACCAAAGAAAUCCCCGUUGUCUGACACAUCCCAGGAUCCCACAUCUGCAGAUGAAUCUUCAUCCCUUCAUCAACAGGAUGAUCACGCCACAGAUGAGGAGAAGCUGGCCUCCUCCACCGGUCAUAAGUGGGCAGUCCGCCACGAGGUGGACCAAGAUUUAAACACUGACCACCAAGAUUUCCCACAGCCCUGCGACGUUACGACUUUCGUAAAUGAGAACAGUCUCCCUCAGGAGAAUCCAGUCCAGGACUAUGAAAUUGAGUACAUGGAGAAGAUCGGCUCUUCCUCCCCACCACUGUCUAUCAAAACGCCAUCUCUGUACUUGAACUUGGACUCAGUGUCUGACAACUUAACCAAAGCUACUUAUGGACAUGGAUCUGAGCCCAGCUCCCCCUGCACUGGGAGUUUUGAGGAAAUGGAAGCCCAGAUAUCUGCAGGCAUGAAGACGCCGGUGUUGAGCCCACGGCCCGGGCCCGAAGGUUCUGCUGGAGAUAAGGGCAGGAAGAGAGAGAGUGAGGUCCUCAGCCGGACACAGAGCAUAGAGAGGGAUGAGCAGCCCUCUGGCCAGGGCCCCGUGGUGGCUCCUGCUCCAGCCCAGGCCAUGCCCCUGUUGUUAGACAGGCUGUCAGAGUGUGAGGACCCCCUGCAGUACCUGGAGCCUGACCUGGCUGAGACCAACCCAACCGCAUUCGCCCAAAAACUACAGGAGGAGCUGGUGCUUGCUGCCCUGAGGCUAGAGGCUCUGCAAGUAGCCCAAAGCAUCUCUCAGUGCCCCUCCCUCUCCACUGUAACCCCCCAGCACCGGGACAUGUUGUCUUCUGUGGAGAGCUCCAUACCCAAAAGCUCGCUCUAUGCCAAGACCACCAGCAGCAGCUACAUCGAAGGCGAGAGUCCUCAUCUGCCAAGAGAGCUCGACCAGUCGUUGGACAUUGCACGAGAGGAGAUUGUGUCAAAGGAAAAAGAAGUUCUGGAGUGGCAGAGGAAGUAUGAGGACAGUCGACAGGAAGUGGUGGAGAUGAGGAGGAUUGUUGCAGAGUAUGAGAAGACUAUUGCGCAGAUGAUAGGCAUGCCAGAGGAUGAUCAAAAGGAGAAGUCUCUGUCCCACCACACCAUCCAGCAGCUGAUCAUAGAGAAGGACCAGGCCUUGGCUGACCUCAACUCUGUGGAGAAGUCCCUGGCUGACCUCUUCCGUCGUUAUGAGAAGAUGAAAGAUGUGUUGGAGGGCUUCCGCAAGAAUGAAGAAGUACUGAAAAAAUGCGCCCAGGAGUAUCUGUCCAGAGUCCGCAAGGAGGAGCAGCGGUAUCAAGCUCUGAAGAUCCACGCUGAGGAGAAACUAGACAAAGCCAAUGCAGAGAUCGCACAGGUUCGAUCCAAGGCCAAGCAAGAACAGGCUGCCCACCAAGCCAGUCUGAGGAAAGAGCAGAUGAAGGUGGACUCUCUGGAGCGCACUUUGGAGCAAAAGAACAAGGAGAUUGAGGAGCUGACAAAGAUCUGUGACGAGCUGAUCGCCAAAAUGGGGAAGAGUUAGCAGCCACGCCACAAGCUAAUACUUUAUGAACACAAAGUGGAUCACUGUUGCAAGAAACGAUGGAUGUUUUAAGGCCAAAGAGGUCUUGGGGUUUUGCUUCCUACUGAGUCUCCACCAAAAUGACCUCCUCUUAUUACUCUGUACAUUUUUUGAUGUGUCAGUGUACCGUACUGUAUCAGGGGUCUGGUUUAAAGUUUUAGAAAAGCUAUCAUAUCAGUGAUGAGUGUUGCGUGUGUGAUUGUGUAUGUACGGUGACGAAAAAGUCCAAGGAUUACUUGUGGGUUUAGUUAUGUGUUUAUGAUGUUGCCAUGACAGCCACUGAGGGAGAAGACUGUUUACCCGCUCCUGUUAGUUUCUCCUCUUGAUGCAAGGUUAAGGUAGAUUUUGAAAAAAAUUAGCUGCAGAUGUUUAGAUUUAUUUGUACAGUCUUGAAACACUUAGACACCAACCAUCAUUAUAGUGUUGCAUGUAAGAGAGAAAGAAAACCUUGUAAUGUUACUGUUUGUAUAUACUGUUUUGUGGAAAAUCCAAGUGUAAAACAAAAGAGUUGUCUGCAUUUUAAUGUAGUUACUAUAUCAUCCUCAUCCUGCUGCCCUCAUGUAAGCAUUUAAAUAUUUGUUAUACUUGUCAUAGCUUUUUUGAUGAAAUUGUGGGACUAUUAUUUUAUUUGGGAAUUUAUUUUGAUAUAAAGCAAACUAAUCAUCACUGUAUUCAAUUGUGAGCAGGAGCGAUUUAAGUUUUGGAGGACGACAUCUGUUAUUUUUCACUGAGGAAUAAUUCCUCUUCACAGCUACUGUACAGCAUCAGCUUACAAAGUGCAAUAAAAGAUGGCAAUACA